AUGGCCGCUCAGUCCACCGCCGACACCAGCUCGAACCGCCAGCGCUUGACGCCGGUCGACCGCUCCUGGCUGCGCAUGGACGAGACCGCGAAUCGGAUGAUCAUCACCGGGAUGAUGUUCUUCGAGGCGCCGAUCGGGCUGGAGGAGUUCGGCCACCUGCUCGAGGAACGGCUGGCGACGAUCCCGCUGUUUCGCCGCUGCAUUGUGCUCGACCGCCGCGGAUCAGCGCACUGGCAAGACGAUCCAGCCUUCAAUAUCGGCAACCACCUGCAGCAGCUCGAGCUCGAGACACCGGCCGACAAAGCGACACUGGAGCAAGCCGUCGGCCGUCUGAUGAGCGAGCCGUUCGACGAAGCCCACCCGCCGUGGGCCUUCCGGUUGGUGCCGUUCAAAGGCGGCACGGUGGUCCUGUCGCGAUUGCAUCAUUCGCUCGGCGACGGGGUGGCGCUGAUGCUGGUGCUGCUGUCGAUGACCGAGCUCGAGGCGCCGGUGGCCGGCCAGCCGGCGGUCGAGAAUCCGCUGGGAUCGAUCCUCUGCGGCAACGCUGAAGCCGACCCCGACGGACUCGAGGUGGCACACCGCAUCGUGCCCGAGGUGAUGAACCUGAUGAGCCGCCGCAGCGACGCCGGCCCGGGCGGUAGCAAGCUCGGCCUGGGACUCAAGGUGCUGAGCUCGUUGACCAGCUUGACCUUUCGCUCCGCCGAUCCCCAGACCCGCUUCAAAGGGCCGCUGACCACCGACAAACGUGCUGCCUGGUCGAAUUCGAUCGACCUCGCCGAGGUGCGGGCGAUCAAGGCACACCUCGGCGGCACCCUGAACGAUCUGCUGCUGACCGCCAUGACCGGCGCCCUGCGACGCUAUCUGAUCGCCCAAGGCGAGCCGGUCGAGGGGCUCGAUUUUCGCGCCACGGUGCCGGUCUCGAUCCGCAAGCUGAAAGACCUCAAAGCCCUGGGCAAUCGCUUCGGCCUGAUCUUCCUCGCCUUGCCGGUGGGCAUCGCCGAUCCAGCGGAACGUCUGGCCGAGCUGCAGCGCCGGACGACCGCUCUCAAGGGCUCGGUCGAAGCCGGCGUGGUCUAUGGCUUCUUGCACGCCAUGGGCCGAUCGCCGCGCUGGGUACACCAGCUGGUACUCAAGAUCUUCGGCAUGAAGGCGACCGCCGUGGUCACCAACGUCCCGGGGCCUCGGCAGCAGCUCUAUCUCUGCGGCCAGCCGAUCAACGACAUGCUGUUUUGGGUGCCCCAGGCCGGUCGCCUGGGGCUCGGCAUCAGCAUCGCCAGCUACAACGGCCAGGUCCGCCUCGGGGUCACCACGGACGCCUCCCUGGUUCCGGAGCCGAUCGAAAUUGUCAACGCCUUCCAUGACGAGCUCGAGCACCUGCGGGGUCUAGCUCCGGUCGGGCGCUGA